UAGUUCCCCUUGUUCCUCAUAUAGCCAUAAUAGGACUUGUUUUGGAUGUGAGUAUUGAUCCCACAGUGGGAGGAGGGUGUUCACCCUGUGAGGCGAGCUGCUCUCCUCACACACACAGAAGAAGAUGGCUGCUGGGUUGCUGUUGCUGGUUUGUGCUGGAGCUGUGCUGUUCUCUGCCGGGGCCCAGGAUCCUUAUGAUGAGCUGGCUGAUAACUACAAGAUAGGAGUGGAUCUGGCAUUAGAGCAACUCAACUCUCAUACCGGGGUGCACCACCAUUUCCACUUCCUGAGAAGUCUGGAGAAGUCAGACAUUGAGUCUGGAUUUGGUGUGAAAUACCUCUACCACCACUUUUACCUGAAGCCCACCACAUGUCCCAAAGGAACAACUGAAUCAAACACUCAGAGAUGCCCCUUCAGGAAUGACAGACCACUGAUGGACUGUGUAGUGUGCUACAAAACAGCAGAUGACCGCAUAGAAUCGAGCCCCAAGCCGUAUGUUCACUGUAUUCAGAAACCAAGACUCACAAAGGAAAUGACGACUACCAGGAUGGAGCACUGCAAAAAAAUGAGUUACAACAGUGGAGCUCCUACACUGUUGGCUGUGUCUACUGGCAAAAAUUAAAUAAAGAAAAUACAAAAUAAAAAUGUAGAGCAAAAAUAACAUGCAGCCAAAUAAUCUGUAGUUAACCUGUUGCAUGCUUAGUUCAAUAUAGUGAGGUAACUUUGACAUGCCAACUCUCAUUUUCAUUUCCUGAAGAUUUCUCAUCCAGGUGUCACUUUUUAUAUAAAAAUACAAAAACAGCAAAUCUCCUAAUUCAAAGUGUCUGUUAUGUUUGCUUAUGAUAAUGCUGUGAUCAAAUGCUGGUGAUUUAACCACACUCCUCUCUGCUGUGAGAAAUGGGUUCCUUCUUUGCUCAUACUUCAAAGUCCCUGUAUUCCAGAUGUAACAUUGUGUAAUAAAAAAAGAUAAAAAAUCA